UUGACUUGCGGAAGCGCCUCCACGACUUAAAAAGUCGUUUCUUCACAUGUCAAAUGUGAACUUUGAUCGCAAACUAUCUUCUGCUUCAGCGCAUAAGUUGUGUCUGCGUCGUGGAUCUCGCUUUGAACAAAAACAUGUCUGAUUCCAUCAAAAACGUCGCGAUAUUUGGAGCCACGGGAAUGACCGGACUGGCGACCCUGCCGCUGGCGGCGGCCGCAGGGUACAAUGUGACCGUGCUGGUGCGUGAUCCUGCCAAGCUUCCUCCUGACCACAAGGCAGCCAGAGUGGUAGCGGGUGACGUACUGAACAAGGAGGAUGUAAAAAAGACUAUGGAGGGCCAGGAUGCAGUAAUCAUCAUCCUAGGAACCAGGAAUGACCUCAGCCCGACCACCAUGAUGUCAGAAGGCACCAAGAACAUUGUGGAAGCCAUGAAGGCACGAGGGAUCCGCAAAGUGGUUGGCUGCAUGUCAGCUUUUCUCCUGUGGGAUCGCUCAAAAGUCCCACCCCGUCUUGUUCCUGUGACAGAGGACCACGACAGGAUGUACACCGUGCUGAAAACAUCAGGGCUGGACUACGUGGCUGUUAUGCCUCCUCACAUCGCUGGUGAUCUUCCUCUGACAGAGAGUUACAUGGCAACAGAGAAUAUGCUAAGAGGAAGAGCCAUCUCCAAACAUGAUCUGGGUCAUUUCUUUGUCAAAUGUCUGUCCACUUCAGAGUGGGACGGCAAGACUGUGGGAGUGUGGGGAGAGUACAAAUAGCCCCAUAUAAAAUACUUAUUAUUAAACACUGCUUAUUCUCUGUUUUCAACAUCUUCUUUCACUGAGUGCCAUUUUUUAAUUCCCAUAAAACUACACAGAAAAAAAUAUAAAUCAAUGCCGUUUUUCUAAUGAUUCAGCUUCUAUCUGAAAUUGUCCCGAUUGAACUUUCAUGUUACUUCCUUUACAUGUAACAAUUUAAUUUUUUUAUUUUAAAAGUGCUGCCUGUUUGCACUGCUGCUUCAGCUGCAGGUGUUUUUGCUUAGCAUAAGUUCAGUAUUUCUUUUUGUCUGGUUUGUUUUCGCUCAAAAAUAAAACCAUGUGAUCUUU